AAAAAGUAGCUUUUUUUUGUUUCUGUUGUUUUAUCCUUUCGAUUCAUUGUAGCUUAUUUUCUUUCCACGUUUGUUGUUUCGUGGCUUCUUCCUAAAGAAUUAUUGUUUCGUGGCAUUGUCUCCCACCAUGUAUAAAUUAAAGGCUCAUCCUCUCUGUUUGUCUGCGUGGUUGCGCAGUUUUAGGAUCACCACCUUUUCGUUUUCCUUCUUCGUCUUUCUUUCUUCUGUAACCGUUUCUCCUUCACCCUUUGAUUGAGGAACAGAAACGACCAGGGUUUAACCUUUUAACCAACAUUUCUAUUUCUUCCCUUGUUUUUGUUCAUUCUUCUUUUUUUCUUUUUUUUUUUCCCAUCUCUCUACUUGGUAAAUGGCAAUGGAUUCUGCAAACUUGGCGAUGAGAGCUUCUUCGGCCUGCUUCACCAGAUUACCGAACCCUAAAUCGUAUCCUUUGAGGACUUACGGUCAUGUAGAGGAUAGGGUAUCAUUGUCUCGCAGGUACUUGCGGCUUACAUGUGUCCACAAUCACAAUCCCAAUCCCAACCCCAACCCCAACCCCCGCCCCAGCCCCAGUCUCAUUUCUUCUUCUUCAUCAUCGACCUCGUCGUCGUCUCCUCUGAAAUCCAAUACCAGUACCCAUACCCAUACCCAGAACCCUAGCUCUUCUUUCCCCUGCUCCGCUGUGGCCGAGGCUUCGUUGGGAACCACAGAACUUGCCGCCUGCAAGCUUCAACGCCUUGUUUCGGAGUUCCAAUCGUUAUCCGAGCCCAUUGAACGAAUCAAACGUCUCUUGCAUUACGCCACGCUUCUUCCUCCGUUUGAUGAAUCGCGGCGUGUACCUUCGAAUCGAGUUAUGGGUUGUACCACCCAGGUGUGGUUGGAUGCCAGCUUGGAUGACUCUGGCCGGAUGAGGUUCUCUGCCGAUAGUGAUUCAGAGAUCACCAAAGGCUUCUGCUCCUGCUUGGUUUGGAUUCUUGAUGGGGCUUUCUCGGACGAAGUAUUGGCUGUGAAGACGGAGGACUUAGCCGCCCUCAAUGUUGGAUUGCUUGGUCGUGCUCAUUCGAGGGUGAAUACGUGGCAUAACGUAUUGAUCAGCAUGCAGAAGAGGACUAAAGCUCUUGUCGCCGAGAGGGAGGGUAAGCCUCGUCUUGAUCCUUUCCCAUCACUGGUUAUUACCGCGGACGGUAUUCGAGCCAAAGGAAGCUAUGCUGAAGCUCAGGCUAAGUUUUUACUCCCCGAUGAGUUAAGGGUUAAAGAACUCAUAAAUGUGCUAAAGGAGAAGAAAAUUGGUGUCGUUGCACAUUUUUACAUGGACCCAGAAGUCCAAGGCGUCUUAACUGCUGCACAAAAGCAGUGGCCUCACAUCCAUAUAUCUGAUUCAUUGGUCAUGGCAGAUAAGGCUGUUAAGAUGGCUGAAGCUGGAUGCCAGUUUAUCACAGUGCUUGGGGUAGACUUCAUGUCAGAAAAUGUGCGUGCAAUUCUUGAUCAGGCUGGCUUCAGAAAGGUAGAUGUAUAUAGAAUGUCAAACGAACGCAUUGGUUGCUCUUUGGCUGAUGCUGCCGCUAAUCCUGCAUAUAUGAGUUUUCUCAAGAAAGCGUCUGCAGCACCACCUUCUUUGCAUGUUAUCUACAUCAACACCUCACUGGAGACCAAAGCUCAAGCCCAUGAAAUUGUGCCAACAAUAACCUGCACUUCAUCAAAUGUUGUACAAACUAUUCUGCAGGCAUUUGCUCAGAUACCAAAUUUAAAUAUAUGGUAUGGCCCUGAUUCCUACAUGGGUGCAAACAUCGUAGAAUUAUUUCAGCGGAUGGCCAGCAUGACAAAUGAAGAGAUUGCCGAGAUACAUCCAGAACAUGAUAAGAACUCCAUAAGAUCAUUGUUACCUCGCCUACACUAUUACCAGGAUGGGACAUGCAUUGUCCAUGACCUAUUUGGACAUGAAAUCGUGGAGAAAAUACAGGAAAUGUACUGUGAUGCAUUCUUAACAGCUCAUUUUGAAGUCCCAGGGGAAAUGUUUUCCUUGGCAAUGGAAGCAAAGAGAAGAGGAAUGGGAGUGGUGGGUUCCACCCAAAAUAUAUUAGAUUUCAUCAAACUAAGGGUCCAAGAAGCUUUGGACAGAAAUGUUGAUGACCACCUUCAGUUUGUAUUAGGAACAGAAUCGGGGAUGGUAACUUCAAUUGUUGCAGCAGUUCGCAAACUAUUAGGUUCUGUUGAGUCCCCUGGGAGAGCAAAUCUUAACAUUGAGAUAAUCUUUCCAGUCUCGGUAGACUCAUUGUCAAGAACAAGUGAUUCACCACAAGGCCUUAAUAUUGCUGACAUGAGAAGCUUCUCUGAACUCUCAGUUAUUCCUGGAGUAGCUAGUGGGGAGGGGUGCUCCCUUCACGGAGGCUGCGCCUCAUGUCCAUACAUGAAGAUGAAUUCGCUCACCUCGCUAUUAAGAGUAUGUCACCACCUACCUGAUGACAAAAAGGAAUUUGCAAACUAUGAAGCUGGACGAUUCAACUCAAGAACCCCGCUUGGGAAAUCAGUUGCAGAUGUCGGGUGUGAACCAAUUUUACACAUGAGACACUUCCAGGCAACAAAAGAAUUGCCAGAAAAGCUUGUCCAUCAGAUCGUACAUUCAUCUGGAAAUGGGAAGCUGCCAUCUUAACAGGUCAACUAAGUCGGGAUUUACCACCCAAAUGUUUCAAUUUCUGAUUCCAUUCCAUGCAAGCAUUGACAAGGAGUGCUGGCUGCAGUAUGAAGUUGAGAGGAUCUUACCCGUCAAGCAAAACUAACAAUAUUUCUUUUGUUCUUUUACUUCUAAUAUACUUGUUACAACAUAAGACAUUUUUGGCGGAUAAACCACCAAUGUCGAAUGUAUGUUAGAUCUCACUUGGAGAACUCAUUCCAGCAGUAGAAUGUGGUCCGAUUGCACAAGUAUUGCGGCUGUGAGGGAUUUUCUGGAUUUUGAACUAGUGGGAUCAUAACAGGAUUUUCGAGUUCUACAGAGCAAUAACUCCCUAUCAAUAUUAGUGUUAUGGGGGAAGCUGUUUUCUUCAAUUUGGAAGCAGCAGCAACAACAACAAUAAUAAUGCUCGUGGUCACUAUUUUUGAUGCUUUGGACUCCCUGGUGACCAGUUUGAUACGACUGCUUUACUUAGUGUGUUGGAAUUAGUAUGAUUCACAGGGUAUGGCCAGUUGGGUUUUGAAAGAAUAUUGGCUGGAGUUGUUGUGAAGAACAAGCACAAAUAUGUGUAGGUAAACAUCAGCACCGCAGUCGUAUUAAUUUUAGUUCUGUGUAGUUGAGUUCAGGGCUUCAGGGAGGAAGCUCCAUCUAGAAAUUUUGACAGGCUUUGGCUUGUUCAAUAAAUAGCUCUCCAGUUCCCCAUCCAUGGUGUAUGUUAAUCGUGUUUAAAUUUGAUUUUGCUUUGUGUUAAAUAUUUGGUGAAUUCUCUAAACUGAUGCUGGGGCAUGAUUUUGGAUAAUGGUGUUUGUUCACUUA